CCAUAACGAACCGUGGAUUCCUGUCGUCCCCUCGACGACCCAACGCCACCGUCGCGAUUCAGUUCAGUUUUGCUGUGUGCUCGGAACGGCACGUGGUGUAAUUCCCCUGUCGGCUGCGUAAUUGUUUCACGUUUUUUUUUUUUAUUUUUCUAUUAUGGUUGUAUUUCUACAAAACAUGCACGUAGUUUAAUGUCGAUGAACGAUUUACAAAUUAAUAAUAUUAAUUUUGUAACAUUAUUCGCUCGCCGGUGUAUUAAAUUACUGCAGGUUAAUAUUAGAAUUUACAGAAUUUGAAUUAUUAUUACCUAUUUUGGUUUCGUUUACGCCUAUUUACCUAUUUACGUUUUCAUUAUAACAAUAAUUCCGUAAAAGUCUUCGUCUUCGAAGAAUAUAAUAAUAUUUCAAUAUUCAGUAUACACAUUUCAAACACAACGCGUGUAAGUAUAUAAUAUACCUAAUAUUAUAAAUUAUUGCAGUAACAGUAUCGAUUCCGCAUGUUUAAAAAAUAUAUUUUUAGUUCCGACGAGAAGGGUUCGAGUUGAUAUUUUAUUUUUCUAUCCACACGGCCUAAAGUGUAUCUAUAUUUGUAAAAAAAAAAAAAACAGUAAAUAAUAUGGAUAUUGAGUACUAUAUAUAUAGUACCGCUAUUUUCGAAAUGUAUAAUUUGAUUGUUUUGAGAACUAUACAAAAUCGCCUUCAGCCCUUUUUGUCCCUGGAACCAAAAAUAUAUUAUCGACGACGUGAUGGACGAACAUAAUAUAAGAUUAUCGAAUUGCAGAUUAUGUGUCUGUCUUUUAUUAAACAUUUUAUAUUUUUAAGAUAUUUUAAUUAAACGUUAAUAUUUUUACUUACCUAUUCGACGAACUAUUGAAUAUUUCACGUAAUAAUAUUAACUGCGUGCGUAAGAGUUUUGUAUAUCCAUAGGUUUUAUUAGGUGUAAGCAAUAAGUACAGGUAUAAGUGACGAAAAUAUACUUAGGUUUCUAGGUACGUUAAAAAAUUACAAUAGUUUUUGUAAAGAUUUGCCAUUUUUCUGUAUUCGUAUCGUUAGUAAAAGGUUUCAUUUUUUUGUUCCAAUACUCGAACGUUAGGUAUAUUCAGCACCUCUUUUAGUUGAACACGUGCUCGUAUCAUUAUUUAUUUGAGAAUGAACACUUUGGGGUCGUUUACUUCAAAUAUUUUCGUGCCUAUUUUCGAGAUGUGUAGGUUCCCUUUUUUUCUUCUACAUUUUUCAAAAAUAAUAUUGUUAUUCUUUCACGAUUUUUUACUGCUACGUUUUACGAAAAAAAAUUAAACUAAUAAUAUGUCCGCAUUAUCAUACAGGGGAAAAAAUGCAUAAAUAUAUUUGGAAAUAUUAAAAUGUAGGAAAGUAUAUUAAAUUAAUUUGAAGUUUAUUUAAAUAUUUAUACACAUUUUUUUUUUAACAAAUUUAAGUUAAAAUAUAACCAAAGAACUGUUACAUUCUUAUCGUCGUUUCUCUGUAGGUAUAUAGUUUUAAUAAAUACGUGUACGUUUUAAUCAAGGGAUUAACAUCGUCUUAACAUAUCGUCACUAACAUUUGUGUGUUCUGUUUCGCGCUCAAUACAGGAACAAAAAAAAUUCCACAUAUUCUCACGAUUUCGAUUCUGGGGUUGAGUUUAGAAUAAAAGGGACUUAUUAAUUUAGACUGUUACUAUAGACACUAUUGAUGAUUUUUGUUUUUACUUUUAUUUCUUUAAUAAAUUAUUAAUGGUUACAAUCAAGACCAAAUGCAUAUCUUGAUAAAAAAUGUAAAUAUUUAAAAAAAAAAAAAUCGCUCGUAAAAUUCAUAGUAAAUAAUCGUAUUUAUAUAAUGUAUAGUAUAUUAUCAUUGCCCUAAACUCAGCCGAAAAGUCGCUAUCGUCGCCCUUGUCGCUCAUAUAUUACGCACGAGACAGACUGCAGACAAAUCAAAAUGUUAAGUGACGCGACCUAUGUGACUUGCAAUUGUUUUAUAUACAUUCGUAAAAGUACCGAUUUUCAAACAUUAUAAUGUUAUUAAUAAUUCAUUUUACUACGCGAAUUUUAAAUUACGUUUUAUGUAUCUGCGCAUUUAUUAGUUUUCUACCUACCGAAAUACAUUUCAUCGGAACAACUACCUAUACGUGUCAAUACGAUUAAAUAUAACAGUGUUUUAUUUUUAAAAAAAUCAAAUACGUAAAUUAUUAAUAUCGUUUUAAUUGGAAAAAAUAUUUCGUAUAAUUAUACGGCAUUGGAGGUCGGGAGGUUGUGUAAUCCUAUAUAUUAUAGGAGCCACACGUGUGUACUAUUGUUUAAUUUGUUUUCAACGCGGCUUACAAAAUAUUAUCACUGUACAAAUAAUCAGUACAAUUGAUAUUUACUCAAUUCGGGUUUUUUUUUUUUUUUUAUCCAUACUACAGAUAUAUAUAUAUAUAUGUCUUACUGAACACUUGAAUAUAAUUAACGUAGUUCUUGAGACGAGAACAUAUUUUGUCGUCUCAAUCAGCUAUGUACUCGUAUUUUUUUUACAUACACUAUAUUAUUAUUAUUAUUAUUAUUAUUAUUAUUACUAUUACACACUAUAUAGCCACUAUUAUGGGGUCUUUGUAGUAUAAAUAUUUAUUCAACGAUAUUUUUUUUUUUUUUAGAAUUUAGAAAUUUACAUAUUGGUUUUUACUAUGGUGUAUGAUUUUUUUUUUUUUAUUUCUCAACAACUUUUCUACCAGAAAUAUUGCUCAAGUGUACUUCGGAUUUUCGACUGUAGCAUCUUUACUGAAAUUAAAUUUAUUGAUUUUAACGGUAGUUUUCACUUUUUUUAAUAAUUGAAGAAAAAGUGGGAAAAUUUAAGGUUAACUUUGGUUAGGUUUUUGUCGUAGUUCACAAAUAUUAGAAUUUUCUAGACCUAGUAAAAUGUAUAAAACAUUCCAACGAUUUCUGUGCUAUUUAUGAGCAUUUGAUGUUCAAGUUUUUUUUUUUGUUUUCAUUUGGUUUGAUGUGGAUCUAAAUAUUUUGACUGAGCAGAUAUGCUUGAAAAUUUUACACGAAAACUUGAGGAAGCAGUAUAAUUUAUUUUUUAUAGCGUUUAUUUAAAGUUCAUAUUCUCACCAAAAUCGUAAUAUCAUGGCAUUUGAAAUCAUGCUAAACAACCAAACUUCGCUCAGAAUCUUUUUUUGUUAGUAACGAUUUCUCAUUGCGUACAGAUAUAAAUUAAACGAUCAAUUUCCCACUUACAACAAUGAUUACCGGAGUGACUACACCUACAGUAUCAAAUGCUGUGAGUGUAAUUGUUUUUUUUUUUUUUUUGGUUUCUCGUUUGUAUGCAUAACGUGUAUUAUAUUAUUAUGAAUUAUUUAUAAUAUUAUUGGUCUUUCUUGGUUACUACUAUUAUUUAAUCAAUGCGAUUAAAGAUUGGUCGUACAUUGGACUUUUGAGAUUCAGUAGUAAAUCCUGUUAAUUUCAAACGUAUUUAAUAUUCAGAAUUAUGAUAAGCCCGGAAUAAUUUUCUAUGCAGUUGCGGUAAAUAUAUUCAAACAGCAUUGCACGGGGACAUCAUUUCAAUAUAUACAGGUAGACUCAACACAUUUUCCGAAUAAUGGUCAUUCAUUCAAUAGAUAUUUCAGUUUCUAUACUUUCAAUAGCAAUAAUAAUGACGUUAAAAUUGUAAAUUUUAUUUUGAAAGUUCAUACCGUCUUUAAAAACUCGAUCAAAACAUAGAAACAACGAAAAUUUGAUCACAGUGGUUGUUUACUGUGAGGGCAUACAAGUAAAAGACCGUAUGUGUGGUCUUUGCACAUUUUAUGAAAAAUUUGUUGAUAUUUUCACUUUUAUAUUCUGAGUGGAGCAAAGAAGCUUAUGGUUUUACAAAGAUGUACAAAGAAUGUUUUUUUUUGUCUGUGCACAAUUUUUCUACCAGCAAUUUCGCUCCAACUUGAUGAUAGCAAUGAGCAAAAGAAAAUUUCACUAACGAGAUACUUAAGAAAGGUCAUUCUUUGAUUUUCUCAAGAGUUUUCCUAGCAAAUAUGCAAAACCGAGAUAAAACAUGGAAAAAUCGGUACAAAAUUAAAGAAAUAUUAUUAAAAAAUAUAUAUAUAGAGUCUAUUUAAUUAUAUUACUAUAAAAUCACAUGUAUAUUGUUGACAAAGCAUCACUAUCAAUUGAACUCAGCUCAGAAUCGUUUUUUCGUUAGCUAUGGUUUAUCGUUACCCACAGAUAUACAUUAAGUUUCCUUUUGUAUCCUACCUUCCCAAUUUCCCACCUACAACAGUUGCUGCAACCACGUGCGAAAAUGUAUGUCUUUUUUUCAUUAACUUAUUCUCAAUUAUAAAUAAUUUAAUGACAAAACAUACGUUAAUAAAAAGAUAUUUUACAUGUAGCUUUUAGAUUACGAGCGUAUUUAAACUUAGUUUUUGAAACGUACUCAAUUUAGAAUAUUAUAUAAGUAGGUACGAUUAUAUUAUAUUAUGUUAAUUUACAAAAAAAAAAUAUGUUUACGUCUGUAACUGCAGCCGUGCAUAUAAUUAUUACAAUUGUAUAAUAAAUUACCCGCGGAGACUAAACAAGGAAAUCAAUUUUCGUUGCAGCUAGUAAUAUUGCAGUUCAUUGAAAUUCUGAUCCGAAUGGUGGUUUUGGAUUUUAGAUAAACCAGUUUUUUUAAGGUUUCACGGCUUUUCACAAAAUUAUUUAAAAUCAGUAAGUAAUCUAACAUUGACGGUGUAUUUUUUUGUUAAACUGGGUUUUUUUUCCAACUUUUUAACUGUUGAUUCGCGGAAAAGUACAUUUUAAACGAUUUAGGAUCUCUUUUUGAAUAAUAAUUUAAUACUAUAAUUUAAUUAAUUAAUUAUGUAUAGUAUAUAGUAUUAAUAAUUUAAAACUUUCCUCCGCUGUAUGCAAGACAAAUCAUACCGCCGUAUUAUGUCCAACCCCGUAGAAUCGUGAUUUUACAAUUUUUAUUUUAUUUUUUCUAAGAAAAUAUGUUCUUAUAAUCUUAUCAUUAUGUAUAUAAUACAUUUAUUUAUUCGUAUUUAUUUUCUGAUAAUCGCGAAAAAAUGAGUUCCUAGAUUUUUUGAUUUUUUUUUCUUAACGUUUAUUACGUAAAUUACAUAAACGCAGUGAUAAUAAUACACAUAUUAUGUUUUUCAAUUAUAUAAUGAUAAUAUAUUAUCACAGAAUACUUUAUGACAAUCUUGUCUGCUGUAUUAUGUACGAGUAUUAAUCGGUAUUUUUUGUACGUUUAAUAACAUAUUAUUAUCAUAUUAAAAUAAUAGUAUUUUUUCGAGUAUAAUACUCGUACAUUUAUUGGCUGGUAUCAAAAACUGAGUGACCGGUAUGAUAAUGGCAAUUUUCUAAAUGACCUAGGUAGUAUAUUAUUUAACCAAUAUUAUUUGAUAUAUAUGUAUUUUUCAAUUUUUUUGGUAAUGUAUAUGUAUAAUUAUUACAUAAUACUGAAUAUAAGUGUCAUACGUAUCUAAUGACUUAUUAAUAUCUACGAAGUCUGGCUAUUAAAUAACGAAACUGAUUAUGAAAAAUAUCACGAUGCCGUUGAUAUCGAAGAAAACGAUCAGCAUGAUUUUGAAUUUGGAUUACGACUGAAUUGGAUUCCGGUGCACUCUCGACCUUCAGAAAAUAAUUUAUGCCACUCAAAAACACGCGCCCGAGAUAGGAAAUCCUCACNGUUGCUCAUGUUUUUCGUCACACAUCGUUUUCGGCAAGAGAAAAAACAUGUUCGUUUCUAAACGCUACAGAAAAAAUACUAAUGCACCAACAAAAACCCAAUUUUGUACUGGCAUAAUAGACACUUCCAGCUAACCAGCGCUGUUUUCGGUUUUCCCCUGACCUUUUUGGGACGCUCUCUGCGCGCGCAGUCUUGUUAUUUAAUAGCCAAACCUCGUAGUUUUGGAUAUUUAAUAGUAUACAAAUAAUAACAUAAUAUAAUAUUGAUGAUUAACAUUAAAAUGUAUGAUACAACAUCGUUUAUAUUAUUACAAUAUUUUUUUUUCGGUAUUACAAAAAGAAACCAAUAAUGAGAAAAAAAUAAAUACAUUUUGGUAUUCAAAGUCCAAAAUUCAAAUGCGGCCAUACGUUGACAUUUAAAAAUCUGGCUUCGAGAUUAGAUGUUAUUCGAAAUGUCUGAUGACCCAUAGAUAUUUUAGCUGUUCAUUCCAUCACGUAAACCCAUCGCCAAUAAUUCAUUUUAUUUGAAUGUCUUUCGAAAUGCAAUGUCCAUUGGGUUCAGCAUUCAAUUUUACCGAUUUAUCUGAUUGAUAUUUCUUAUGAGUUCUUAUUUGCCAUGAUUUAUAAAUUGUGGUGUCUAAAUUUUUAAUUUCCGUCAAUUCGUUGACGAGAUAUUCCACUUUUAAGUGUUGGUUAGGAGGGAAUAAUGGUACAUUAUUAAUACGACGCGCGCUGUGCCACCACACAAAUGAUGCUCAACUACUCUCCCCCGACCCAAACUUAAAAGUGAAAUAUCUCGUCAACGAAUUGACCGAAGUUUAAAACUUAAACAUCACAAUUUUUUAUUUAUGAAAUUUUUAAUAAAGUUUGCCAUUUAAAAAUCAAAAGUAAAUAGUCGUUUCACUCCUAAAAAAUAGGGUGAUAAAAAUAACAUAAAUUUAAAAUUUCAGGGCCUCUUGUUUAUACAAUUUUCUAUAAAACAAAUAUCGAUAAAAGUUUGUACUUUCCGAGGUCAUGAGUGUGUUACGAUUGAUCACCCGUAUAUUAAUGCCAGAGGUAAGUUGCCUAUAAGCUAUUAUAAUGUUUGAUUAUAUAGGAAAAUGUUUUUAAUCAUAAAUGCAAUUUAAAUAUUUUGGUAUCCAACAAUCUUCCAUCGGAUCCAUCGAUUACAAUAAGGCAAUAAGGUUAUACUCGUAUAUUUGAUCGGAUAGUAUAUCGUGCGUCAUCCACCGUAUUUGGGUUUAAUAGGGCACCAAUUAUCGUCGCAACUUUUAGUUUAUAGUACUUCCAAUUGUUAACAAUUAACAUUGUAUUAUUGUAUUGACAAUAUUGUUAUUUAUUAAUAACUUUGUUUUUUUUUUUUACAAAUACUAAAUAUUUUAAAGAUCAAAAAUCUACAUAAUAUCAUUCUGGACAGUCAAUAUACGUAUAUAUUUCUCGUGUUACUAUUUUAUAUAACUAUUAAGAUGAUCAUAUUCAUAUAUUGUUUACAAUAAUGUUGUUUUUUGUGUAACAUUUAAUUUCCAUCAUUGUUCUUUGCCCUUUUUUUUUUUUUGAUUUUCACAGAUAGAUAAUUAUAUAACAAUAACUUACUUAUAUACUUCAAAAAUCAUAAAUAAUGUAAUUGGGUCAAAUGAUUUCAAUACGAACGAUACCUAUGAUUACUGUGUUAGAUGUCGCACAAAUCAUGGAAACGAAUCGUCACGUUUGAGUAAAUACCGAAUGCAUUUAAAAAUGGCAUCCUUUGUGUUUAAUAAAAGUGUUCGUAUUAUUCUAUAGCUAUUCAUAAAUAAAUCGUAUAAUCUUCUGUUAUUUCUAAACUGACAAUGAGAAUUUAAAAACCAAAUCCAAAGAGUCAAAUUUGUAUGUAAUAAAUCAAGCUUUUUUCUUGGAAUUCGACUGAAAUAAAUAAUUUUAAAUUAAAAUUACUUAAUAAGUACUCAAACGUGUUGUUGUUUUUAAGCCAAUGAAAAAAGAUAUACCUAACCCUUAAUUUCCCUCCUGCGCACGCCUCUGUGUAAAACAUACACAUAUUUUUUCUCAUGUGUAUAGGAAUGGUGUUGAAGUUUAUGACACGUAUGGCACCUUUUAUACAUUUUUUUUAUAUUCAAUGCCUACGAAUAAAUAAAUAAAUCUUGGUUUUAGAGUUCAUUAACACGGGCAAACAAAACGAUUUGACAUUUUUUCGGUAUAAAAUAUAUAAUUUAUAUAAAAUCGAACAUAACGGUUUUGUGUGAACUCGCAUUUUAAUAUCUGACAAAGUAUAUAGGAGUUCUUCAAAUUCUAACACCUGUUAAACCUAACUUAGUCUGACCACCUGUUCAAAUAUUAACUUAUUUUUCUUUGGAAUCGCAGCGGUGUUCAUAUAAUAUAAUAAGAAAAUCUAGUGUGUUAUUCUUGGUUAAACAAUCAAAAUAGUAUAAUAGAUAUAGUGCUUAUAAAGAAGUAUAAACAAUAGUAGAUACUUUGAACGAUAGGAAGUAGAAGGUAUAUCAAAAAAAUAAAAAACUCAAACAUUCACGCGAUUAGUUGUUAUCGUGAAAAUAUUUUAGGAUUUUAUAAAAGUAAAAAAAUAAUGAUAGUUACAUUUAUAUCAUAUUGUAUAUAUAAUAUAAAAACUAAGUUUAUAAAUUAAGCAUAUAUAGUUCUAUCGUACUGGUGUUGCUACUGUAUAAAUCAAUACAACCAAAAAUAUUUGAAAAGGUUCAGAUAAGAUACGAAAUAGGUAACUGCAUUUAUUUAAUAAUUUGCCAAUUAUACCUAUGCAGAAUAAAUCAGAUCGACACUAUUAGGUUUUUAAGAAAUAUAAACAAUUUUUUGAAAUCAUGAACGUAUUCACUCUUAAUCAAAAUAUAUUGUAAUAAUCAUUAAAAAAAAAAAAAAAAAUACUAAAAUAAUAAUUUAAACUAAUUGUUUAUUAUUAACUAAAUUAUUCGCUAUAUUACAAAGUUAUCAGCGUUUAUUUUUAUCUCUCAGAUUAGAAUUAUAUGAAUUUUAUUUUUUUUUUCAACCUAUUAAUCAUACUGAUACUGCCUAUGGUGUGGUCCUUUUGUUAUUGUAAUAUAGUUCAAGUUCAGCUGCUUAUUGUUUUUAAAAACCUUAAAAUUUACAGUUAUAAUAAAAAGUCUAUUAGUUUUUUAGAAUAUUAGGAUCUAAUUAUAUAAUCGCUUAACACAAUUUAUAUGGGGAAAAACAAAAAGCCAGUAAUUGCAGGAGAUUUAUAGAUCGUAUUUUUAACGAAAUUUAUCGUCCUUUUGAAUUUAAAAUUGUUGAUAAAAUUAAAUUACGUGUUAAGUUCAAAUUUUUUGGAAAACAUUAUCCAUAAUUUUUGAUCAUUUAGAAGAGGCGAAAAAGGUUUUAUUAUCAUAUACCUAAGUGGACUAAAAUGUCUGUGGUUUUUACAAAUUGUUCCAUAAAUUAAAACUUUGAACGCUCAAAAGAAGAAAUUCUCGACUACAGAAUUUAAAUAUAAAAAAACUUGUUUAUAGUUCAUGGCCUUAUACUGAAAUUUGUGAUUUGUGCGUUAUAAAAGGCUUGCGGAAAAAGGCUUAAAGCAGAUAUUUUUUUAAAGUUAAUAUUUAGUUUUAAUUAAUUUUGACAAAGAAAUGGAAUAGUUAACUUUUGAAAAAAGUAUCUCACGCACUCGUUUCUCACUUAAAAUAUUAUAAUAUAUCUUUAAAAAAAAAAAAAAAAACCGACGUACAAUUACAGAUAGAAUAUGUUCUUAAUUUUCAAUUUGAUAAUAGGUCGACAACAACAAACAAUUGUAUAAUACUCUUUAAGUCUAGUGUAGAAUAUUUCAUUAAGUAUAUAGUCCUCUAAUCAAUAACUAAUUAUUUUUAUUUUUAAUUAAAAAAAUGCAUAUUGUUACUAAUAUGAUUUAUUCAUACGGUUGUUUUCGAAUUAAAUUAAUCGUUUUUAAAUUAUGCUUUAUACUCGUACUUAUUUAAAUACUUUUUUUUCGUUUUCUGUUUAACAAAUUAAUAAUAAUAAACAUUAAUAAUUUGAUUGUUGAUUAACAGAAUGUUAUGUACAAGUUAAUAAUAAUGACAUUUUUUAUUACCACCGUAGUAUUAUAAAGGUAUACCUUUAUCUAACCUAACGAUAAAUAUUAAUAUACAUUAUUAUUUGUUGGUAGUUUUUUUUUAAAAAUUCUGAACGAAGCAGCAAACGUCGUUAUAUAGUUUUAUAAUGACGUGUGCUUCCCCUCUUUUUUACUUUUUUUUUUUAAAUCUCAGAAAACACUUUUUGUGACAGUGAAAAUAAUGAUAAAAAAAAAAAAAAACGUUUCAUCCCACUUAGGCAGGUAUGUGUUUCACGUCUUUAUAUAUAUAUAAGAUGUAUAACAAACUGAACACAAACGAUGCCAUAGACCGAUCGUUAUUUCAAAAUUACCAAACAUAACAUAUAAGCGGUUUAAUAUAAUAAUAAUAUCUUUAUUACAAAAAAUAAAUUUCAAUUUGCAUAUAAUAUAAGUACAAUACAUUACAAAAAAAAGACGGAUAAAAAUAAUAAAGGAGGAAACAAUUCAGAUACAGUAUACGGGAACAAAAUAAAAUAAUAAUAAUACAAAUCAAUUGAUAAAUAAAUGCAUCGUUUUAAAAUAGUUUAGUGAUGUCGAAAAUCGACGAAUGGAAAAAAAAAAUGACUUAUGAGCAGUAGAGAUUAAAAUAUGAGACGGGGAUAAAAACAUAUAUUUUUUGAACUAUUAUGUAAAUCAAAUAAUAAUGAUUUAUUUCUACCAUUAUUAUCAUAAUUACCAUUAGGAAGUUUGAACGUAAAAUUAAGACUCAAUUAAUUCAGAACAAUUCAAGACAUUUAUGUGUACAGCUGUAGCCGUGCUUGUUUUUUUUUUUCAUAAGCUAUUAUCGUUUACUUACCUAAUAUAGUAUAGUAUAUACUUGCAUUGUAUUUUAAUACUACCACGCGUAUCUUUCGAAUUAUAAAUCAAUAAUAUGAUUUAUCUAAAUUUCGUACACUAUCCUAAUUUCUUAAUAGGCAGUUAAUCUUUUGUAAAAUUGAUUCGGGUUUAAUAAUAACGAUAAAAUACUAAUAUUUAUAUAAUAUGUUAUUUAUAUUGCUAGACUUAUACAUCUAGAAAAAACAUUCACCCUGAGGACUGGGAGGCGUGGUCGGUCCAAACGGAUUAAAAGAGAUAGACUCAGAUAAAGCCUAGUGUGAGAGAGAGCAAGUUUUCACUCCGUUUAUUAUCUCACGUGAUUCUGUCCUCGAAAUGAAACUCCAUUCAUCGAAAUGCGUUUUCGUUCUAAAUGUUCCGUCUUGAAGUAUAUGUCUAUGGAUAUAUGUGACUAAUAUAUUGGUCUAUAUUGUACAUACUUCGACGAUGAUGUGCUAUAAAUCUGAUCUAUGAAAUCAAAAUUAAUAUUCACUCGUUACCCACCUAUAUAAUAAUUAUAUCCUUAAAUAAACAAUAUUGUGUUUUUUAGAUUCUUCUCAAAGCGAGGAAUGUAUUGGUUUUACAAUGUUUAUUUAUUUUAUUUUUUAUCUAUGAACAAUUUGUCUACAAUUUUCAAUAUAGCACUUUUCUGAAAGUAAAUCUGAUUGGGGUGGUACUUUAAAGAGGUUAUUUUUUGAUUUGCCUAGCUAUUUUCAUUAUAAACAGGAAAAAUGAAAAAAUUUACGAAAUUUAUUAUUUUCAAAUCAUAAAUAUUACGGCCUUUCAAAAAUUGUUUAACCAAACUCUGCCCAGAAUCGUUUUUCGUUAGCAAAGUUUAAUCGUCGUGUACAGAUACAUUAAAUUCCCCUCUAUAUCCUACCUUUCCAACUUCUCUUAUACAAUAGGUCAAUAGUAAUUCCCCCCCCCCAUCUUGGAAAUGAUGUCCGUAUCUUUUUCAAUGUUUAUUUGUAACGAUGUUGCAGUGAAACAGGAGCGAGAGAAAAAGAAGAGUUAUUAUAGUUUGGCAUUUAUAAUAUUACUUAAACGAUAUCUUAAUUAUUUUAACGAUCAUUAUUUUUAAAAUAUCUUGCAGAUAAUUUGUGCAGUUGAUUUAAAUUGUCUAAUAAUAGUAAAAUAGUAGAACAUAACUUGUAGGUUUCUGUCCUACUUAUUAAAAUGGCAGCUAGCAAUGCUUAGGAAUAUGCCUUAUUAUUAUUUCCAUCAAUACUUUCGUGAAUCGUGGUUACCAUGGUUAUUGCGAUCGUUGUUUAUUUUAUAAAAGAAAAAUACUUUGUGGUCUAGACUUUUACGGUUUUCAUUGUAAUAAAACAGCAUUGACUUACAAUAUACUGUUAAUAAAUACCGCAAUUUUUACCGUAUCAAUUCUAAACUCAAAUCACUUUCGUAUAAUAAGUAUAAGUAACUAGUAAAGUCUACUGUGUUAUUUGUUUUAAAACCGUAACCCAUUCGUAAAAUCGUCAUUUUAUAUAAUUAAAUUAUAAUCUCGUGUUAUCAAAUGUGCAAAAUCGAAAACCUAUUUAGAGAGAGGUAUUGUCGAUUUUCGUCUUUUAAGCUAUUUUGGUCAGAUUUCAAUUCAUUGUUAUAGACUGUUACGAUUUCGUAAGAUUUUCGAUAUGAGAUUUUAUUAUGUAUCUUGAAGUUAAAUACAUUGGUGUUGCUAAUAAUUCGUGUGCGACUGUUGACAGUAUUCAAAUUAACUUUAAUUUUCCUUCCCUUACCACUCGUGCAUCUUUCUCUUUUCACAUUUCCUUCUUAUCUUUAUUUUUCUAAUAUAACUUCCCAAUUAUCGGCUUAUGCACGUCGCCAACCUCUAUCUUUCAUUUUCCUUUAGAGUCUAGCUAAAUUUCUUUUUUUUAAUAAUCAGUAAGACAUAUUUGAUCACGAGUUUUCUCUGUUUUUGGACUUUGGUCUGUAUUGUUAUAUAGAAAAUAAAAUAAAAUAACUAAGUACAGGAUUCGAUGUUCCGUCUACGAUGUUGCGUGAAGUACACUGCGCUUGUAACGUCUGUGUCUCUUUUUGCUGUAUUUUUUAAUUCGUUAAGAAUUUGUCAAUCAAAUUUCGUAUGAAAUAUAUAUUAUGUAUUAUGAUUUUUAUGUUUUUUUAUACCCAAACACGGUGUUUACUCGAUCAAUAAAUGUAUAAGAAUAAAUCAGAAACGCUGUAUAGCAGCUUUAAUCUAUAUAAAAGAUACUUUCUUGAAUUGAAUCGUACCUUCGUCAGUUUUAUUACCUAAUUGCUUAUUAUUUAUUUAUUUUUUUUUUUUUUGUCACCUAUUUUUUGAUGCCUUCAUAUCUUCUUAUCUUCAUAAAAUAAUUUCCAUACCUAAUGUAACCAAAGCAUUUACCGGAUGUUUUACUAAUAACGAUUAAGUGUUAGGUAUUAUUAAAACAAAUAUACAUUAAUUUUAUGCAAUAUAUUAUCAAAUAAACUUGAAAAAAAAAAAAAACAGUGCAAUCAUAAAUUAUUCACCAUUUUGAUUUUGAUGAAUAAUGUUAUUUGUGUCUGUGUGGUUUUUUUUUAUCAAUGUCCUAGAGUUGUUAAUUUUAUGAAACACUAUAUUAAAUUAGUAGGUAUUUGAAAACAAGACACUGUAAUUAGUAAUAAUUCGAUUUCAAAAUUCAGUCGGAAUAUACGUUAUUAUAUAUUCAAAAUUUUAAACAUGAUUUUCGCGUUUAAAUUAAUAUUAAGUAAUUAUAAUACAUCAUUAAUCCAGGGAAUUAGGGCUAAGUCAAUUUUCGGUAUUUUUUUUUUUUUUAAUUUUGUCUUAAUGACAUGAGUGUAUGUAUUUUCAAAAUUACAUUUGCCUGUAUUUAAAAUAAAAUUGUAUCUAAGCACUUCUUCCCUGAAGACCAAAGAUAAAUUUUUAACUAUUAUUAUGCUGUGAAAAAUUGGCAAAACACAAUUUAAAAUGACAAAAACAUAAUUAGUGUAACCAAUAAUGAAUUGGAUUUUUUAAUGAUGAAAAAAUAUCCACUUAUAAACACAAAUAAGUAUGAAGAAAAACAGGGAUUUAUAAAAUCCCAAACUUUAAAACCGUUUUUCAAGAGCCCAACUUGAUUUUUUUUUUUAAUAAAUAUAGAAUAAUUAUAAUAAAUUAUUCACACUAUUCAGUCCGUUCAUUGUUAUUAUUAAUUUAUUGCGUAUAUUUUCUGUUUAGGUUAACAAACAUUUUUCUAUUUUGUAAGUAUAUCAUUAUAUUAAAAAAUGGACAACAAGCAACACAACAAACAGUCGGAAGCAACUAUGCGGUCUUGCAUCGUGGUAUUGGCUAGUUUCGUAUGCAAUGGUCUAGUGUUCAGUUUUAUUAAUUCGUACUCUGUGACAUAUGUGUACUUGUUGAAAAGACUAGUGGAUGCCGGUAUCAGUGAUGCGUCCUCGAAAGCAUGUAAGUAUACACUUGAUUAUCGUGUUCAUAGUUACUAUUAGAUUACUUGUUGUUAAAUACUAUACUGCAUUGUACUAAAUAGAACUGUUGUUAUUCAUCUUUUGUUAACAACCCAAAGGCUUCUUGACAGCAAUUGUCCACUCUUCAAGCUUCUCCGCUUCUAUUUGUGUUCAUUUUACAACUUCCAGACAGUAUCUUUUAAUAUUUGAUUAUUGAAGGCCAAAAUGAAUUUUCCCCUGGUAUCUAUUAUUCUCCUAAUUAACCAUAAUGUUAGAAUACUAUACGUUAUGUUAGCUUGACUCUUCUUGUUUUUAAUAAUCUUAAGAAAGCUUAUGGUUUCGCACUAGAUAAAAAAAUUUAUUUAAAAUACAGUCUUAACAACUUCAGCUUUCAGAAAAAUUGUUACACGUAAAAAUCGGAGCAAGUUUAUUAGGAAAAAACGUAUCCACAGACUAGAACAAAGAAAAAGAAAAAUUAUAAACAGUAUUGUAAACCAAUAGCUCCAUCGCUAAGCUCUGAAUCUAAAAAUAUACAUAUUAUUAAUUUGCUGACAUGCUUUAUUAUUGCGCAGUCGGCGUAUUAUUGUUAUUAUUAUUAUAGGUAUCAAUAUACCUAUUGUAUAUCGGCAUAAUUAUAAACAGUUUUUUUCCUACAAGUAUUACUUGUUAGUAUACUUUGUUACUUUAUUAUAUAAUAAAAAAAAAAUAAAUAUUGUAUAGACCAUUUGCCUACUUUCAUACUAUAGGUGGGAAGUGGGAAUUUAGAAAGAUACAAUAAUAAUAAUUCAAUAUGUCAUAAAAAAAAAAACUGGUUGUCUUCAACUGACUCUCACUAAUGACUAUAACAUUGAUUUUCAAACUGAGUUUAAAAUGCAACAUAUAAACUCAGUGUAAAAAUCAAAUAAACGCCAUUGUUUAGACGCCGGUGAGAGCAGCCCUUGGUUUUGGUUUUCAACUAGGAAAUUAAUGAAAUAAAAAAUGUAUAAACUAAACAAAAUCAGAAACGACCCCGAAGUCGAAAAGCACACAUCCGUUAUAAUCUAUAUAGUAAAAUACCCAAGAAUUUUCAAUGGGACGGGAUGUAGUAAAGAAUAAGCAUCAUUCAUGAAUAAAUUCUAAUGUUAUACUUAACCUGACAAUAAGAAUUUAAAAGCCGGAUCUAAAAAUGUCGAACUAUAUAGGUACCUAAAUAUUUAAAAUAUUUAAAAUUAUUUACCUUUUUGGCUUUCAUCGGUGAAAAUAAUUGAAUAAUCCAUUUGAAUUUUAUUAUACCAUAAAUAAUGGCUGAUGGUGGAAGACCCGGUUUUCGCCUAACCAUUUAAAAAAUCUAUACUUAAAUACUUAAAAUUAAAUAAUUGCAAGUUGUAUAUUACGUUUAUGACAGAAUACUAUCAAUUUAACAAUAAAAUCAUGAUAAAGUAUGAUCAUAAAUGGAAAAUAAUACUCAUGUAGACGUAGAUAUAACGCACAGUAUUUCGAUUAUAACAGUCAUAGGAAAUCCAAACAAAUUGUUAACUAUGUUAAACAAAUACAAAAAAUUGACAACUUUACGAUGACAUAAAAAAAAAAAAACAUGGAAUUUGUAUUUUUUUUUUAAGUUUUGGUGAUUGAUAAACAUUUCUAUCUCCCCCUCCUUAAAUAUUUCUGUUGUAACGACUGUAAAAAAUCUAAACAAAUACCUGUAAACAAUGAACUAAAUGGUGGUGGUAUUUUAAUAACCAAAAUUCUAAAAAAAAAAAUAGGGUCAGUGUAAUUUACGUAAAUUUGCAUUCAAUAAAUAAAGAUUAUUUCUUUGUACUUUAUCUGGAAUAUUUAAUUUAAGAUCAAAUUACAAAAUAAAUACAACCCUCCACCGUUCAAAUGGGGGGACAUAUAACGCCCUAAUCACCUCUCUACACACGCUUCGGAUUCUAUAUAGAAUGAAAUUAAUACAAUCUUCGUUUAGCUUAGAAUCUAAACAACGUAUGCAAAAAAAAAUUAUAUUCAUAAAAACUGUUAUUUUAUAAAAUUCAUCCAUAGUCCCCAAAAAUAACUGAACGAAAACAUAUGAUAAAUAUGUAAUAAAUUCCAUUUCGAAUAGAUCUCCCGUAAUUAUUGCAUCCCGACCUUUUAAGCACUAUCGAAUGCCUAACUCACCAAAAACUCAAAUCAUCGCCUUUGAUUCCCUCAACCAUGAUUUUCCGUUUUUCCUUGCAAUAAUAUAUAAAAAUAAAAAAAAAUUUGCCCAACGAUGAUACCUAUCAUUUUUAUUUUAAAUAAUUAGGAUUAUUUUAAUACAUUUUGAAACACCAAACCAAAAAGAAAAAUAAUCCAGAUCUGGAUCUUCAUAGAAUUCCAUGAUUUUAAAAGCUCAGGCCUGGUCCAAGAACAUUUUUUUCUAAGUCUAGUCCGAUCCAGUCCAAAAUAAUUUAUGCUAAAAAAGCCCAGCCCGACCCUUCAUAAAAUUCCUUGACUAAAAAUCACGGUCCAGCCGGUGGACAUUUUUGUUAAGCCCUGUCCGAUCCAGUACAAAAAAUAGAACAAAAAAAGUCCAGGUCCGGCCCAAUUUUAUAUGUUUCUAAUUCCCUGGCUCCUUCUAAUUUAUUACAGGCUGGGUCGGCCCGGCCCUUGCAGGUAUUUAGUAUGUAUGUGUGUAUAAUAUAUAUAUAUGCAUGUAUACUGUAUCUAUGUAUGAUAUAGUAUAAUAAAAUCAAAUGAUUUUUAAUAUUUUGAAAAAUAUAAAACAAAAUUGUAUAUACCCAUAUUAAAAUAAAUAUCUUUAUUUUCUAGAUUUUUUACUUGCUUUUCGUUGAAAAAAACUGCAACAGGACAAUACAAAUAGUCCUUACGAUUUACAUUUCAAUGAGAGAUUUAUUUUUUUUAUUUUACAUAUUACAAUAUAAUAUUUAACUACCUAUUAGCGUUAAGCGUAAUUUAAACUAAUUCAAUUAUAGUUCAAUUUAAAUACACCAAACGUACCAACCACAAUUGAGUUUUAUUAAUCUUUGAUAGUAACUAUGAUAUCCAAUGACUUCCUUUUGUCGAAUAUUAUACUUAAUAACAAUUAAUACACAUUGUCACAACAACGUUGUCGUUCGGAUGCGUAAAGUAUACAAAUUAAUUUUAAUAAAUCGUCAAGUUAACCUUAAUAUGUCCACUACAUACGUGUCCCUGAAAUUUGAUUGUAUCACACUUCAUAUUAUAUUAUAUACCUACCUGCUAUUAUCAUUUAUUAUUAUAAAAAUUCGACCAUAAUAAUCUGACCAUAGUAACAGUUUACGAAUAUGAACAUUUCGCAACAGUAGCGUAUUUAGGAUUUUGUCGAGAAUAUCUCUUAUUAAUUAUAAGAGAGAUAUCGUCACUUGUACUAGAACGGCAUGUUGCACGUACCUAUUUCAAUAUUAAUUGAUAAAAUUAUAUUAUCAUUGAUAUUAAUAAAACAAUAGUGUUUCCGAAAAUGUUUUGUUCUAUAAUUUUUUGUGUUAAACUCGUGGUUACACUGUAAAUCAUGAAAAUUAUAACAAAACUUAUAUCCUAAAACCUUGUCAACUUAUCUCAGUCUAUAACACUUAGUAACAGAAUUGAGAUAGGUAUUGUUUUCUUUUUUUUCUAAAAUGAUUUUAAACAUCUUAUAAAAUUACAAAAUUGAAAUACGUGUUAUUACAGUAUAAGCGACGAUAUUCAAUAUAUAUAUAUCGCGUGUAGACCAUACACAGGGUCUAUUUUUAAUUUAUAUAUUCUUGUAUGGUUUAAUUUGUAAUUCAAACUGCCCUAAAAUUAAAAUUGACAUCGAAAAACUAUUACAAAAAUAUAAUAAUUUAGUGUGUAGUGGUUUUGACGAGUAUUAAUUGUUUUAAACGAAAACCUAUGUACAUUUAAGAUUUUUUUAUGUAAUAGAUACCAACCCACAAAAUUUGUAUUUUUCCGACUAAGAAGUAAAUAAAUACAAAUUUUAAGAAUAUAUCGCAUAUCGUAUAUAAAAUCAUAAAAUAGAGAAGAUAUAUCUCUUAAGUUUUCCCCUAAAUAAACCAUUGUUACAAAUAAGUGAAACAUUUCACAUUUUCGCCUUUCUAUUUGAUAUCAUUCACUCUCUUCUCUCAGUAAACGAAAUGAUAUUAUUUAUGAAAGGUUUUAACUCGGAAUAUUAUUAGACCUCAUCAAAAUACACCACUUUUCGUUGAAAAUUAUAUUUUCUUUCUACUAGGUAUAGCCACUAUGAAUCAUAUUAAUAAUAUUACACGCCUUGUUCGAUGAUAAAAAUAUGAUCCAUUUGUGUUAUGUAAGCGUACACGUAUGUUUCAACUCGGAGUUGGAAGACUCAUCUGAUGAUUAAUUUAUUAAUAAUUAUUAAUUUUAAAAAAUAUUUCAUAUUAAUUAUCAUAUUUGGUUUUAGCAUUGGUCGGUUCACUGACUGUAGGAACAACAUUCCUUAUGUCACCCAUCGCGGGAGUUCUCAUCGAUCGCAUUGGAAUUCGAUUGACUACGUUCAUCGGCGGUGCUAUAGCUACUAGUAGUUUAAUUAUAUCGUCAUAUUUCACUCAUCAAGUAAGUGUGUGCAUAUUUUAUCCUAUUACUCUAAAAUGUAUUAACUUGAAAAAAUCACCGGUGAAUUCAAACUAUAAAUCUUACUAAUUAUUAUACAAAUAUUUUGAAAAAAGUCAAUACUGCUAGCAGGUAGGUCAUUAUUAUUGGUAGAUAUUCGGGAAGAUGGGAUACACAUAUUAUACACGGUAAUUUAGUUUAAAUAGAAUAGUAUCAUAUAAUAUGAAAAAUCAUUGAGAAUGAAAAAAAAAACGAUUUUGAACAGAGUAUCAUUACCAAAAUAACCAAGUAAUCAACAAAAAUCAAAGAAUAAUUAAAUCUAUGGAUCUAAGAGUGAACUGAUAAAAAUUUCAAUUAAUAAAGUACCACCGGUUGAAAAUUGACUCAGUUGUUGAUGUAUUGCGUGAAAAAUCUGAUCAUUUUUCCUAAUCAUAAUGUGUUUUCAAUACAUAUUUGUUUGAGAAGAUAAUGGGAUAAUGAACAAGUUCGUGUGGGGGCCAAUGAGUUCAUAAUUAUAGUAAAAAAACGAAUAAAUUUAUAAUAAUAAUUGACAUUUAACUUUUUUUUUAUUUUUGACCUAUUAGAUAAAACUAAUUUGAACAUAUACAAUGUAAGUAACAAUAAUUAUUUUAUGGAGACUUAAUGAAACUAUUGUACAGUAUAAUAAAAUACAAAUAUAUGCAACUAAAUAUUAAAAGUAUAACAUAUUUACAUUCUACAACCAGUUAGUUUUUUAAAAGUAUUGAAGUUUUGAUGUCUUAUGGUAGCUUGGUAUACAAUUCUGAUUGUUUUAAUUUCAAGUAAAUUAGCUAAAUUUUUGAAAGCAUAGAUUAUUUUUCUUAGUUUUAUCGUUGUUUGUUUUACAUGGUCAUGCUAUAUAAAAAACAAUUUUUAGGAAAAAUAUUGAGAAUUUAGAAAAAUAUUUAAAAUAAAUUACUAUCACGCAAACAAUUUACAUCUUUUGGUGCACAAUGCACAUAUAACACGAGUGUUUUCCGAAGGAAAACUAAUAUUCCUCUUCGUUAUUCUACAGAAUCUCAAAUAAAACCAAGUAUAAAUAUGUAUACAGUAUUAACUAUUAUUUAUUUAAUGCAUAAUAAACCAUUGGCAGAGAAAAAUAAAAUAUAUUACUCCUACCUACGCUGUGUCCCGCGUGUUCUUUACAUUUUAAAACCAUUAUUUUAUACUCUUCUGACAACUGCAGUAUACUGACUGACCGCUAACAAUUUAAAGAAUCAGUAAAGUUCCUGUAUAUCUAUACGGUAGUUGAAAGGAUUUUAAUGUAGAAGCACUUCAGUUUAUAAAAGGUCAUUUCGAAGUCCAUUAUUUGAGAAAACAUAUUAUUAACCGUCAAUGCUUUAAAAAGAAAAAUUUAACGCGAUUAAUCUAUAAUAUUGUUAAAGUCGGUUUGAAAGUGAUUUGUUUUGUUCAUUCAUUUUGACCAAUAAGCUGGUUUGAAAUAAACAUAUGUUCAGUAGUCCAAUUUCCAUUUUAAAAAAUGAUUUAAUUUCGAGUACUUUUUUUUUUUUUUUUUUGACGCUUAAGCAAGAGUUUUUACAAGCAAAAUAUUUAAGCUCAUUAAAUUAACUAUAUAAAAAUUGACAGGCAACUUCGCACGUGAGUGCAGCCACUGUUGUAGGUGGGAAGUUUGAAAGCUAGGAUACAGAGAGGAAUUUAAUGUGCAUCUGUAAGCAACGAUAAACCAUUGCUUACGAAAAAACGAUUCUGAGCCGAAUUCAAUUGAUAGUAAUGCUUUGUCAACAAUAUAUAUAUAAUAUUAAAGUGUAAUGUGCGUUUUCAUCACAACGAUGAUUGUUUAAAUAAAAUUAAAAUAAUAAAAACUUAAUAAUAACAAAAAAAUAAAUAAAAACAGUUGCAAAUGACAGCCUUAUUUUUAAUCUUUCAAUUCAAAUCUUUCAAUUUUAACCUAAAGAACCAGGUUUUUCUCAUUAUCUCAAAAAAUAAUGAGAAUUUCUAAAAAUAACUUCUCUAAAGUACCACCCAGAGAACAUUUCCUUUCAGAAAAGGUGCUAUACUUGACAAUCGGAGUAUGCUUUCUGGUAGAAAAAGUGAUCACAUGAAAAAAAAAAAUUAAAUUAAAUAAACAUCAUUGUAAAACCAAAGAAUUCAAAUAUGUUUUCAGAAGUUAAAAUUGUAUGUGUCAGUAGUGGGCAAAUUUUACUCCAGCUUAUUGAUCAAAAUCAUCAUUUUUUAUCCGUAAAAACUGGCAUUCCUCAUAGAUGGGUAUUGGGCAAUAGAUGAGGUUUCAUUACUUCCGAUUUUGUUGUAAUUCGGUUUAAACAAAUUGUAGAAGUCUAAAAUGUUCACAGAUUUUCAAAAAUCAUGUUUUAGAAACACGGUAGAAUUUUCAAAUCAGUUUUGUGGCUUCUGAGUUAUUUAUAAGUGUACGAUGUUUUCUAUUAUGUAUUUGACUUACGUGGAAACAAAUUUUUUGGCCGAACAAAACUUGAACAUUUUAUAAAAGAUUUAUCAUAAAUUGUACCUAAUGGUCAAAAAAAAAAAGUUAAGUGCAAUGUAGUAGUUCUGUUAUAUAAUUGUGUGUGUUAUAAUUUUAACGAAUUUAUUACGGCAUUUCAAAACACGUUUGACCGAACUUCGCUCAGAUUCGUAAUUUCUACGUCGCGUACAGAUAUAAAUGACCGAAAUAAUUAUGUAUUCCUCUUGCCUGCUUUCUCGACUUCCGGCCUACAGUAGCGGAACAUCCACUGGCAGUUCUUUCAGGUCUUUUAGUUUUUAUUUUUUAUAUGUUUUUAACUAGCAUAUUAUCUGAAAUAUAUAAAUAUAUCUUUAUUAUUUCAUCGUUAAACGUGUUAAUAUUAUGAAAAUUGCGUAUUCAAAUAUAGUUUUAUUCGUUUAUUAGACAAAGAGGCACUCGUAAAAAAAAUAAAAUAACAUAUUUUGUUUUAUAAUAGUUUCCCUCGCACAUAGAUUUGUUUUACAGAUUAUUUUUCCCUUGACUAGAAAAUGUGUGUUUUAUAAUGCAUAUUAGCAAAUCAAAGUGAUUUAAGUUGGUACAAUAAUGUAUGCAAAUAUAUAAUAUGUAAUAGAAAUGUUAACUACCUAUGCAUACAUUUUUAUUUUCACUAAAAGAAAAAUCGAUACCUAAUACAAGAUAUUAAAUUAUUAUUCUGUAUCAUAAUUCAUAAUAAUAUUAUAAUAAAUUAUUAAAUUAAAUUAAAUUAAAUAAAUAAUAUUUUGUUUUUUUUUUUUGUUCAUAAGUGUACUUACAAUUCUCUUUUGCCUGUUUAGUUUUGAUAAUACCUACUCGUUUUGUUAUUUAUAUCGUCGUUGAACAUUCAUUUUUUUAUUUAAUUUUUAGGUUCCAGCGCCGUUUACGUCAUUACAUGCACACGUGCUAUUUAUGGAUGUUUAAUAUUUUAGUUAUUUUACAAUAGUUAAAAAAUUAAAAUACCUAAUACAAUAUUUUAUUUUGUAAUCUAAUCUGUAUAAUAUAUACGAUUUUUAAUUAUUGUUAUUUUUUCUUCGGUUACAUAAUCGAAAAUUAAUGCCUUGUACGUCUUGUAUGAAGUUGCAAUCCUCUUUCUAACAAAACAAAAAUAUAUAUAUAUAUUUAUAUGUAUGGAAAUUACCGUCUUUUGAAGACCAGAAAGUUAGCCCCUUUAAACUAAGGUUUGAGUAAAAAAAAAAACAGGUCAUGCACUCGUGCCCUCAAUAUAAAAAUAAAAAUUGAUAACAAUUUUUGUUUAGACUCUAAUUGUAAAUGUUUACAAUUUGUAAAAAAAUAUAGUAAACACGAGCAGAGCCAUAAUAUUUUAUUGUAUUUUAGGUUGAAGUAUUGUACGUUACCUACGGUCUAUUGUACGGCAUCGGCGCAUCGUUAGCUUACACGCCUUCGUUGGCCAUACUCGGUCAUUAUUUCAAAAAUUACCUCGGACUCGUAAACGGCAUAGUGACCGCGGGCAGUUCGUUUUUCACCAUGCUCAUACCGUACGUCGUGGAUCAUCUACUCGAACAAUUCGGUCUCGACAGCUGUUUAAGGUCAGUACCUAUAAUAUUACUCGUAUGUAUCCGAUUAUAACGGAAGACAAUAAAAUCGACGUUUUAUUGUAUCGAAACAAUUUUAUCAAAGGUUAAACAAAAAUACAUGUUGAACUCUUUGUACCUGGGCAAUAUUAUUUAUCAGACACAGUAUAUUGUAUAAUACAUAAAUAUUAGAUCUCGGAUGCUUUAAUAUUAUUAUUUUAUAAUAUGUGCGUUUAAAAAAGCAAAGAAAAUAAGAUCAAUAUGACGUAUUUGAGGAACCAAAUUUUUUUUUAAGGGUUAAAAAUCUAACCUCAAAGAAAAGGGGGACGUUUUCAAUCCACCCUCUCCCCUUCUUUCUAUUUUUGUUAACUAUAUGGAUUAUUGUUAUUUUUUUAAAUACUCUUCUUGAAACUGAUCUAUAAAAAAAAAACAUUUGCUAUAAAGUUUAUCGUCUCGUUUCGUACUUUGAUUUCUACUAUACAAAUACAUUUCAUUACCCCCCCCCCCUUCUUCCCCAGGUACGUCGAAAACAAUCGAGUUAAAAAACUCCUGCGUUUCUGUAUAUGACGAUAGUUAACUGUGGUAUAAUACAGAGGUAUAUUAGGGUUUUCUAUACUACCAAAUAUGUGUAAUAGAAACCCUAAAAAUAAAAAAAGAUGAUGAUCCUAAGUACACUAUUGUAAAAUCUAUACUUGUGUUUUAAUAUAAACGUCUAACGGUAAUUUUUAGAAUUGGGAGUCGGACGUUUAUUUAGAACAUAAUAAUAUUAUACUUUAACGUACAUUAUAUUUGAUUUAGAAUAUAUUUAUGUAUAGUAUAGAAUUUCCCCCCCCCCACAAAAAAACCAUGUUAUUACCCUACCAAGAAAUAUUGUAUAUGUUUUAAUAUAAACGUCUAACGGUAAUUUUUAGAAUUGGGAGUCGGACGUUUAUUUAGAACAUGAUAAAAAUGUUCCAAUUAGACGAAAAAAAAAUGAUGUUACUAUUAUAAUGAUACUUUUUUCAAUAAACGUCUAACGGUAAUUUUUAGAAUUGGGAGUCGGACGUUUAUUUCUAUAUCGUAUAUUUAUAUACAUAAUUCGUUUAGGACAUAUAACAUUUUCGAAUAUUUAACCUAUUUCCAGUACUUUUGUCUUUUUUAUUUUAUUUGUUUAUUAUUACCUACUAUUAUUAUUAUUGUACCAUGCAUAUUAUAAUAAAUUCGUUUAGUACGUUUAGUUUGAACAUUUCAGCUAUCGUCGUUACAAUGUCCUACCCACCUAUUAAGUUCGUGAUGGAAGUACAUCAGAAAGUAAUACUUGGUACCUAACUACAGGAAAAAGUGUUUGAGAGGACGAGACGUGAUACCCACCCAAAAAUAUAAACACAUCGGCGCCAUUCCAAAAAUACGGCCUGGAGUGAUUUUAGAGAGUAAAACGCUUGAAACAAAAAUUGUGUAGAGAAGUUUUCCUUUAUAGAAACGUAAGAAAGCCGAUUUUUGAUUUUUUUUUUUUUUUUGUAACAUUUAGACCAAAUAUUAAAACAAUAUAAUGUUGAAAAAAAGUUGGGAAGGUUGAAUACAAAGGUUUUACAAAUUUGUUAUAUUAUGUGGAACGAUGAUAAAUCAUUAAAAACGACAAACGAUUCUGAGCGGAGUUCGAUUAAAAGGUUUUUUCGAUGAAUUUAAAUUUUAAAUUGAAAAAUGUAUAAGUACAUUUAUAAUUAAAAACAAAUUACAACAUUAGUCUAACAUUUUUUUUUUUUAAUCAACAAGUACUUUAUGUGGCUGAAAAUUUAAUUUAAUUUACAUGACUUGAAAAGUAGUACUACAUUCUACAAAAAUGUUAUUGUAAAAUGAUUUUUACGAUUUUAGUCAAACACUAAAAUCUGAUGGUUAUAAAAAAAAUAAAAUCAUGUCUACGGAUUUUCAAUAUUUUUAUGUAACCAUGUGAACCAUAAGAAUUUAUGAUAAACCUUGUAUCAAAUUUUGAAAAUUUUUACGUAGCUAAAUAAAUUGUAUCGAUAUACCCCAUACACCCUCAAAAAAAAUUGUAAAUGCUGAAAUUUACUUAAAAUAAAUAAACUCCUAUUUAUAGAAAAUUUUGGUAAUUAUAUUACGUCUUGAUAAUGUUUAUAUUUUUAGUAUAAUUAUUAAUUAAUAAUAUAGAACUAUAAGUAUUCAGUAAAACUUCAAGUCUUUUGGCAGUUAUUUAUGAAUGAAUUACAAAAAAAAAAAUUAAUGUUUACAUAAACUUUUAUUCAGUAAGUAUUCCCGGUCUUUCGGCAUUUUUUUUCGAUUUCCCCAUUAUUCAGAAACAUAUGUAAGAAAAGUCAAAAAAUAACCACCCAAUCUACCCCCAAUGCAUCAACUAAACAAAAUUUACUAGCAGAAACUAUUAACCUCUAGAAACUUCUAAAAUUAAUGAUUAAUAUACGGAAGUAUUUUGGUCGUAAACUUGUUUACUGCAGACAAGGAAAUCAUAGUUAAACAAAUACAUUUCUCACCUCGCUCAGAAUCUAAUACUAUUUUUAUUGUAAAUUGAAAUAUUAAGUGAUACGAGUUAAAUGUCAAAAAUCGUAUUGUUCUGCGUUUUAUUUCUUUGUAUAUGUUGUAAUAAAUAUGUAUAUUUUUCACGAGUAAGUAAAAAUCCACUCUCAUUUAGACUAUUAAUAUUUAUAUAUAUACAUAUAUAUAUUACUCAUUAGAGAGCCUAUAUAGUAAGAUAGUAGCCAACCACAUAACCACAUUCUGAUUGGCUGUCCUGUUAUCUAUAUUCAUUGGACCGUCUUUUUGUAUACUUAUACCAUAGAGUAAUAAAAGUAUUAUAAUUAUUAACAUGUCAAUCAAUGCUUUUCCCAACAAAAUUCAUAUUCAUUUUUUUUUAAAUCUUAUCAAUAUUAUAAUAAUAACGCAUGCUUGGUAUUAUAAUAUGCAUUAUAGUACCUGUAUAAUAAUAUUGUCACUGAUAGAAAGCCUCAUUGUACAAGUAUACAAAAUGAUGAUCUAUUCAAUAGUGAUGAGCUGAGUUGGUCAUCCACUCUCUUACUGCAUAGGUUCUCAAAUAUGUAUUAUAUAGAUAAGCUCAAAUGAUCUUUAUUCUAUAUGUUAAUUUUAGGAUAAAUCGAAAGGCAUGUGGUUCGGUAAUGUAUAUUAAAUAUUAAUAUAUAUUUUGUUUAUAUUAAAACAGCAAUGCCAAUAUAUUAUUACACGUAUAAGUUAUAAUUUCAUCUUGCCCUUAGCAUAUAGUUUUGAUAUAUUAUUUUAUAAAAUCUCCACUAAAUGUUUCGUAGCCCUAAUUCAAAUCAAAUAUAGUAUUUAAGGUUUAACGUGCUUAAUAUUCAGUCAAGUUACUAUACAAACAAAUGAAUUAAACAAUUUUGUAGUAAGUACAAUAUUGUGUUCACAGAAACAAUCUUUGUAUAAGAACAAUAGAUUAUGUGUACUAAAUAUUGUCAAGGUCUACAUUAUAUUAUAGAUUAGCUGAUGCCGAUUGCCGAGUGUACUAUUGAGUUUAGUAUAAAAAUAUAAAUUUAUGUGUACCUAGCGUUCACUGCAAAAUUCGAGUUUAUAUGAUUCAAUAACUCGCUUUUUAGUGGCUUGGACAAGAAUUACUGAACAGUGUAUUAAAAAAUUGCCUAUCCGUGUUACAUAUAAUAUGUUGUAUAUAUUUAUAUAUAUCUUUAUCCACUACUUUUUGACAUUCAUAUUCAGACCAUCUGGGCUCUGGAGCACAAAUGAGCUCAAACUCUGGAAUUAUUGUAGUUUUUUAGGCAAAUUGAAGUGAUAUUGUGUCUAAUUUCACCGUUUUUAAAAACCUGAGUAUAGUUUAUUUUUAACUUUGAACACCUUUACAAACCAUCUUAAUGAAGCCAGGGUUUUGAAAUGCUGUAUAUGCACGGCGUUAGUAUCAAGUAUGUGCCUUUAUAGAGGUUCAACUUUUAACCUCCAUCCUUACCAUUUUUUUUUAUGGUCAAAUUCACAAUUAUUUUUUUUAAGUUGUAUUAUUAUUUUUAUUCCAUUACUUAUGUAUUGUUAUACAUUGUUUUAAAAAUAAUAUUUUCAUUAUAGUGCCCCAUAACUAAACACGAACUAAAUAUAAAUUGAGUAUACCUCCGUACCUACCUAUUUUUUCAAUCUCUUACCUAUAAAUUAAUUCAAAACUGUCAGUCAUAUAUUAUUAUUAUUAUUUUAUAUCGUUCCGAAUUAUCGUUGAUUAUAAUUAAAAACAAUGGUGAUUUACGGAUUUCGACCACAGAAUCGUGUACUAUAUACACCGUCAGCUUUGUGCAAAAUUGUAUAUAAUUGUUUAUGAAAAACGUAAAACUGUUAUUGACUUCAAAAUGUACCAAUUUUUUACUGCAUAACCCUUUCACUAUCGGACUAACGAAUUAAUUCUACGAAAAUAAAAUUAAUGGUUUUUGCAAUUUUAUUAUUAAUGCACUUUUCGAGUGAAGUUUACUAAAUUCAGAGAAAGAAGUCACAUUAGGCGGGAAAUUACAAGGUUACAAAUUAUAAUAUAAAACACUUCGGAGUACCCAAGUGUAGUGAAAUAUUUAAAUAUAUAUUUCAUUUGAUACUAUUUCCAAAAAAAAAAAAUAUAUAUGUACAUAUUUACAGUAUAUAACUGUUAAAUUUGUUGAUACAAAAAUCUAACCUGCGAGUUUUUGAUUUUCGAAAGAUGUGAUAACCUACGUGGUUUUAAAUAAGUGUAUCCAAAACCGACUUACGAGAAUUUAAUUGUUUUUCAAUCGAACGAAUCGCCAAUAGAUUAUAAUUUGUACAUGAGCAAAAAUAUGCCAUUGACAUCGUGAUGUGCAAUACGGUCAAUGGCACUGAAAUCUCUGAUAUAAUUAUUAUUAUUUAAAUUUUUUUUUGCCGAGAUAAAAUAUAAUAACUAGGUAUAUAAUAUUAUACUCUACUAAAUUAAUAUACUUCGCGAUAAACUUUGAAUAUCUGCAGAUUUUUUUUUUUUUGAGGUUAAAGAGUCAAGUUCACUGGCGGUGAUCAUUUCAUAAUACGAUAGGGUGCAAAUCAUUCGCAACUAUUAAUAAUAAGUAGAAGUUAUUAUUUAAAUAUUUUCCGUUAUCGCAUUAUAUUCACAAUAAUAAUUAUUACUAAAGAUAUAUUGUUUUUUAUCAGACACGAGUUAAAAAAAAUUGUUAUUUAUUAUAAUAGGUCCAUAUAAUAUAAAAUUAAAAGAAAAAAAUAUAAAUUACGAGUAAUCUGUUUCGUAUUACCUAUAUACUUUUAUUGAAACACACCAUGUACACGUAAACACAAAAAAAAAUUUUGUGACUUCAAAUUGUUUGAAAGAGGAGAAGGGUGGAGAUGUAUUUAAAAUAUCAAAUGCCCUAGGUAAAUGUAAAUGUAUAGGUUAAAAGGUAAAACACGCCUUACUGGAAAAUAUUUCAUGCCCAUAGGCACAAAUAGGGAGGGGCAAUUACCAAAAUCCAAGUCCUUGUCAAGUAAAUACUGAGUAUACUUAAUCAAUGUUAUAAAUAGAGUGUUGUACCCAAUAACCCAUCGUAGAGUGAUUUAAUUUUGAUGAUUUUUUUUUAGAGGACGACUUCCUACUGACCACCUAGAACUCUGUUUUUCAAUACUUUGAUUUCAAACUUUAUAAUUAAAAAAUGUUCAACAACUUUUUUAUAACAUUAUUUGAUACCAAAUGAAAAAUAAAAAUUGUUUUAUUGUUUAUCAAUUAAAAUACAAAUGGUAAGAAAAUAUUAUUUUGAUGAUAAAUCUAUCCCUAACCUAUCCCUAAUCUCGCAAUCAUUUCGUCCAUGAAAACGGCCGUACAGUUUCCCCUUAAAUAGGUAAUGCGCAGUAAAUUAGUGGAAACAUCUUUUCUUUAAAGCAAUCAUUAAAAUAUUUAAACAUAUUUUCGAAAUUUGAAAAAAUUCUGGAAAUUACAUUUUUUUAAUGCAACAAAAAGGUCUCUUGUUAUUUUUUGAUUUGAGUAAGUUACUAAUCGAAAAGUUAUUUACAGAUAAAAAAAAAUCUUAAUAAAACAAAAAGGAAAUCCCUCGCUUAACUCCAAAUUUAAAUUAUUAGUAAAUUAAUAAUAAAUUGUUUUGAAAAAUCGUAAAAUAUGAAUAUGUAUUGUUUUCGUAAUUUCUUAAUAAGUAAUGGUUAAAAUUAAGAGAAGUCAAGUCAAAUUAAAAUACGCAAAUCUCGAAAAAAAAAAAAAAAAUAUUUAAGAUAAUACUUCGCAUGAUGGGUGGGCCACUGAUGUAGAUGAGAAAUUGGGAAGGUAGAAGGGAAAUUUAUUGUAUAUCUGUACGCAAUGAUUAAUCAUUGCCUACGAAAAAUGAUUUUUAGCAGAAUUCGGUUGUGCAUACUUUAAAAGACUGUAGUAUUUACGAUUUGAAAACAAUACAUUUUUCCCGGUUUUUCCUAUUCGAUAUGAAAACCCUUAGGAAACCUAAAAAUGUCCUCCAUAAAGUAUCACCCAGUCAGAUUUCUUUUCAGAAAAAAAAAUUUAAAAUCGAAGCAAAUCGAUAAUUUCUAAUAAAAGCUGUUCACAGAAAAAAAAAUGAAUAUCAUUGUAAAACUAAUACAUUCAUCGCUCCGCUCAGAAUCUAAAAUUAAUUUUAGGAUUCAUAGAAAAUACUCUUCUUCUUUGUACGGUGUAUAAUUGGUCACUUCGCUAUAAGCUUGACCAAAGAAUUGCAAUCGUGGAUAUGCGGAAUGCGUUAGUUGCUAUAUUAUUACUUGCAAGACAGACAGAGAAAACAAUAGUGUUAGUGACGAGGCUCCUUAAAUUAGAAAUUCAAACAGGUUUCCGAAUUUAAACCAACCGAUUAUGUUUAGUGCUAUUUGACAAAAGUAACUUUUUAAUCAUGAAUUCUAACUUUCCAACCAGUUAGUGGCCUGCUUGUUGUAUCUAAUAUACCAAUAUUGGAUGUAACAGGAUGUACAAGAAAAAUACCAAUUUACCUAUUUAUACUUAUAGUAUAAUAAUAGUCUAAUUUCUGUAAAUGUUUAUGCCAAUAUUGGUUUAUAAUUCUAAAUCAUCACUGUUGAAAAUUGUUCGUUAUAGGUGGGAAGCAGCGAUGUCGGCAAUGUUAAUGGUAUGCGCUUUGGCGUUCAAGCCUACGUACAAAGUGGAGAAAUCCGAUAUGCACAAAUCCCUAGGCGACGAACUACGGUCGUUGGUCAACAUUGACAUUUGGAAGAAUCCUAAAUACGUUAUUUGGGCCACGAUGAUUCCUCUCGCGCUUUUCGGAUACUUUGUGCCAUACGUUCAUUUGGUUAGAUAUUAUUAUUUGUUUUAAAUCUAGUAAAUAAUAAAAUUCAAGUUGAUUAUUUAAUGUACCUUUGUUAAUUAUUUUUUUCCUGUAUAGGUGAAAGUCGUCGAAGACCGUUUUCCAUCAGCCGACGGUAAAAUAUUGGUCACGUGUAUAGGUAUAUCUUCGGGAAUAGGUAGAUUGAUUUCGGGACCGAUUUCUGAUUGCAAACGAGUUGACAGAAUUAUCAUGCAACAGGUAUUUCAAAACAUUCUUACCUUAUUCGUUGUACUACGUUUCAAUUAGUACACAUUUUGUUUUCGAUAAUUUUAAAUUUGCCAUUAUUACUUUAUUUCUUUAUGAAAAAAAAAGUAACAUUUCCUUUUGACUAUAGAGCUAUGAGUUACAUUAAUGUUUUUAUACAAACAAUUUAUAUUCACAUUUUUUAUCUCAGGGGGCAUAAUAUAAUGCUACGAGUUUAGUGAAUCCGGGGCCUCUAAUCUCCUACUGGUGGAAAGCUGAGGUGGGCGAUUCCAGUAGACAUGUUCCUACCAUUCUCCCGGUAGAAGGGGAUCAGAAUACUUGCACAGUACCUCCACUUGCCGUAAAAGACAACAAAUGGAGUUGUACACUCAAUAACAGACAGAAAAUAAGUGUAGCAGAGAUGACAAUGGUUAGAUAGAUGAGUGGAAUGACGAUAGGAUAAGAUAGGAUAAGUGAUGAGUACAUAAAAAAUUACUUAAACUUAACUUUAAUAGUUAACAAAAUAACAGAAAUAAACUGAGAUGAUUUGAGUAUAUUACAUGAGAGAAGAAUCUGAAACAGUAAGUAUUGUGAUGAAAGUAAACGCAGUUAGAAAAAGAUGGAUAGGAAAACCGAAAAAAAAGGUGGAUGGAAGCAAUUGAAAAUGAUAGUUAUGAGGACAGCCGGUUUAUGCGAGGUGGAAGAUUGAGUCAAGUGGAAUUUUAGAAUAAACGUGGCCAACCCUAAAUAGUUGGAAUGAAGAUGAAAGAGAAAAAGAAAAAUGUAUAUUCAUAUUUUUUACGUUGUAAUUCAAUUCAUUGUAAAUCAAUUAUUAUUUCUGAAGAUUUAAUCACAAGUUCAAAAAUCAAUCUCUUAUAUGAUAAAUUGAUAUUAAAAUUUAUUGUACAGUAAAACCUCGUUAGGACGCUCCCGCAAAAUAUGCAGUUUUAUGACUUUCCCUUUAAGAGAUUCUUAACGAGAUUUUACUGUAUUUUCAAAUUAAAUCAUGUAAUUUUAAAUUCUCAAGGGUUAGGUUAGGAAUGUAUUGAUUUUACCGUGAUGUUUAUUUUUUAUAUUUUCUGAAAGAAAUUUUGACUGGGAUGGUAGUUUAGGGAGGUCAUUUUUUUAAUUUCCCAUGAGUUUUCCCAAUAAAUGUGAAAAAAACAUUGAUAAAACGGAAAAAAAAGGUGUAAUAUUAAACAAAUUUUACUAAUGAAAAUAUUUGAUGGAUUUGUAAUUAUUUUACAAUAUUAUGGCAUAUAUUAUAUUGUUGACAAAUCAACACUAUUGACCGAACUCUGCUCAAAAUCGUUUUUUUGUUAGCAAUGGUUAACUGUUGCGUACAGAUGUACAUUAAAUUUCCCCUCUACUAACUUUCCAACUUUUCACCUACAAUAGUGGCUCAUCCACAUGCAAAGUAUGUCUGCUUUUUUUUUUAUUAUAAAUUCUUUGAGUAAUUAUUUGUCUUAUUAUUAUAUUAUUUAAGAUUGAUAAAAAUUUGAAUUUAUUUAAAAAUUCACCAUUUGAAAAUUGAAUUAUUUCUUUUAGGUAUCACUGUUUGUCAUUGGUUUGAUGACUAUGUGUAUAAUCAUAGUACCACACUUCUACAUGCUAGUGCUUAUCACCUUGAUUAUGGGAGUUGCUGAUGGAUGUUUUGUUAGUGUAAUGGGUCCAAUCGCUUUUGAUUUAUGUGGUCAAAAAGGUGCUGCACAAGCCAUUGGCUGCAUUCUCGGUCUUUGUUCCAUACCACUAACAGUUGGACCACCAAUCGCCGGUAAUCUAUUUAUAUAUUUAAAUUUUAUUUAAUUACUACUUUUUGUUUUUUUUUUUUUUUACAUUUAGGAUGGAUGUAUGAUGUUUAUAAAUCAUACACCGGUGCAUUUUUAAUCGCUGGGCUACCGCCUUUGAUUUUCGGGACGCUUUUAAGCACUACAAAAUGUGUAAAUAAAAAAACUGAACUAGAAGAAAUAGAUCCCAGCGAACCAAAACUUCUCGGUCAAAUGUCCGAUGUGGUCUACAAAGAAGGUAAGCAUUCGACUAUUAUACCAUCUGAAAAAUGCCCAUUGCUACUAUCAAAAACUGACUAUCCAAAUUACAUGAUAUAGUGUUUUUUUUCAACAUUGUUAUUAUUUUGUAUUUUGUUUACCUGUAAUGUUUAGCUGCGACAAAAAUACUAAAGUAUCUAAUUAAAAAUGUUAUUUGGACCAUCUUAUAGAACAAAACCAAAUUUUCGAUUUUUAACUAGUAUCAUAUUUUAAUUUUUUUUACAGCUUAUUCAUAUUUCAUGUAUAUAUAUAUAUAUAGCUUUAUCAAAUAUUUAGCAAAAUAAAUACCAUAGAAUUUAAUUAAUCUUUUUUUUUUACAAACAACAAAAUUAUUUAUGUGUUUAAAUAUCUCUCUAAUCAUUGUUCUAUACUGUAUGGAAAUUAUAAUAUUAUUUUUGCAUCAAUUAUUAUAUUACAAGUCAUAUUAUGCUAUUUACACUUAUUAUUUUCGAUAUAUUAUUAAUAAUUGUGCCAUAUUAUUGUAUUUUUAAAAAAUUAAAAUAUAUUGUAUAAAUUAUGUCUAGAAAAAAAUUAUUAUAUAUUAUAUUAUCUAGAGGUCAUCUGAUAUAUUAUUUUCAAAUAUAAAAGGCCUAAGUUUUGCAUUAAUCUUAAACCAUAUAUUAAUUUAAUUUUAAUAACAAUUAAUCUUUUAAAAAUAAAUUAACAUGUAGAUUAUUGUUAUAACUACAAAUAAGAUAUUAAAGUUAUUUUUAUUUAAUACUUAAUUCAGCUAUUAUUGUUAUUAUUAUUAAUUAAACCAUUGUUUGAACUCUUCAUUAAUAUAAUAACUUUUGCGCAAAAUAAUAAUAAUAAUGACACUAACACAGAGUACUUAUAUAACUGUAAGAAAUUUAAAAAACAUAACAAAAAUUCAGUAUACACUAUAUGUGUUGAAUUAUUGUUAAAAUUCUUAAAAAUAAAUAGCUUCCUUGCAAUAAAAGUUUCCAAUUCUCUUAAAGUAUUUAGCAUAUAAAUAAUAAAUUACAUGGUAGUUUUUGUUUUCUUUAAUAAAUUAGUUUUUUUUUUUUAAGUUAAUUACAAACUAUACAAGUAUGUACAUUCAGCAAUUGGGAUGAAGGAAUAGUAGUCGUGACAUUGAAUAUUUAGAAUAUGGGAAAUUACCCAGUGGUAACACCCAGCAAUAAAUUAGUUAAAGAAAAUAAUAUUGUACUCUAGGCUUAAUGUCUCGUAUACAUAUAUAUUAUGUAAAAUGUUAAAUGAACAAUCACAAGGCUCUUGGAAGUCUUAUAUUUAUUACUGUUUGCUUUAUAUUAUUUUUAUGAACUUUCACUAUUUAUUUCAAUGUAUUUAUUCCAAUCUUAAAUAAAUUUAAACAAAAUAAUAAAUAUUCAAAUACAAUAAGAACUAUUAUUCAAACUAUUCUAUGAUAGUAUAUUUUGAUAUUAUUAUUUUUUCAUACAACACAUAAAGAAGUAGUCCACACUGUUGACGACUCCAUAUUAUAUAACCAAGUAAGUUAUAUAAGAAUAUGGAUCUAAUAAAUGACAUUAAAUUUAUUUGACCUAAAUAAUCUGUCAUAAAAAUGUCAUUCCUAAAAAAAAAAAAAAAAAAAAUGCUGAUUAAAAAUAUUUUAACAAAAAACAUAAUAAUAAUAACGGGAAAUGCAAUUAUAAAUGCAUCCUUUUUUCACAUUAUACAAUAUUAUAUCAUGCUUUGUUUAAAAAAUAAUAUUAUUAAUAAUAUAUAAAUUAAUUGCAUGAAAAACGCUGAUUUUAAAUAAAAAUAAUAAAAGCAGCAUGACAGCAAUACAUCAGUAAAAUUCUUUGAAAUAUAUUCUAUAUGUAUUUAUAUUAUAUCCAUUAUUUUUAAUUUAUGUUAAUCAUUUUCUAUGGUUUCUUAAAAAUAAUCUAUCGUAAGCUAUUAAUAAAUGAAUUUUUCAAAAACCAUUCUCACCAUAUGAGCAACGAUCUAACUAUGCUCCAGUCAAAUAAUAUUACUAAUCUAUUUUAAAUAAAGAUUAUGGGUUACACUAUUGAUAACACUCACAUAACACUUAUACCUAAUGAGCCAUUAAAAACCAUUUGUAAUCAGAGCAUGACCUGCCUUUCUUAGAUAAAAUUGCAAAGAAUCCAAAUUCUUUACUAAUUACAAUUUUGUAUGAAAAAUAAUGUGUUAACCUUGACAAUAAAAAAUCUGUAUUCUUCGAUGAAUUUUUUAAUUUUUUGAUCUGACUGUGACUUGUAUGGUAUCAAUGACUGCAGACAUUGACUGGAACCAUUUAGGCCAAUGUUUCUGAACUGGAGGGGUGCGACCACUUUGGAGUCUCGAACUAAUUAUUUAAGAUCAUCAAAUAUAUAAAAUAUUGGGUCUAUGUCUAAAAUGCUUAUUUAGUGGUCACUAAAAAAUUGAAUAUUCAUUUAGGGUGUCGCAACAGUAAAAAAGUUGACAAACACUUAUUUAGACCAUUGCUAGGUAAAGACAUAUAGUAUUAUAAUUUAUUUUUAAAUUAAAAUUAUUUUGAUGAGGUUAUACAACAAGUAUGAGGUUAUUACAAUGAUUUGAACAUUAAAGUGCUUAAAAUAUCACACCAUUAUAAAAUUUCAAUAAUUAAUACAGACAAAUUUUUGCUGGACUCUUGUGGGUUAUAUAAUUGAAAAUCAACAAACUUGUAUUAUUAAUUGUCUAUCAUUUACAUAUUAUCUUCUUUGUUUAUUAUUAUGUAAAAUUAAAAAUAAAAGGUAAAUAUUUAAUAUUGUAUUAUUACAUUCAAUAGGUUAAAAGUCUUAAAAUAAUAAAAUAUCAUUACACAUGAUUAAAUUAUGUGUAACCAAUUAAGAUGUGAAUCUACUAUUUUUAGAGAUUACACUAUAAACAAUCAUUAAAAUGAAAUUUUAUAUUUCUAUUUAAACAUAAUAAUAAUAAUGUUUUAUAAAUGUUUUAAAAGGCUAAUGAACUCUGUAUUUUUUAAUAGAAAUGUAUUAUUGUGUAGUAGAAACAGGAUAUUUUAUCAAAUGACUAUUUUAACUUUUCUUUCAAAAUAUUACUUUAAUAUUUCAUUGAAUUUUGAAUUUUACUUGCUCUAAAUAGGUAUUUAUUUGUCAAGUAAUUUGUUUUCAUAUAAUAUAAAAUCAAUCACAGUGUCAAUUAGUAAAAAAAAUAUUUCCUAUAUAAUUAUUUCAGAAUUACAAAUUGCUAAGUGUUUUAUAUUUUAAUUACAUUAAAGUGUUGUGUAGCUCUAAAAUAAAUAGAUAUAAAACCUAUUAUUUUCUUAAGCGGUACUGCACACUAGAAAAUGCAUGGGAUAAUAUAGCUUUCAGGACAUGGAUACUUAAAUCCUUUGUAUAAUUCAUGUCAUAACUGUAAUUGUUAGUCCUUGCAAAUUUCUAUAAAGGUGUAUCAGUGGUUGACACUUAACAUUUAGCUUAACGCUGCUACAUAAUUUUAAGUAUACGCCAUUGCCCCUGCAAUUUAAAUCAUAACCUAAUAACAUUAUAAGCAUUAUAAUGUUUUAUGUUGUUUGUUUAGAUUUGCAAGAAAUUUGUUGAUCGUCGACCAGUGCACAUCACGUUAUAGACCACCCUAUAUUGAGUCUUCUAUGACUCUGGAUACAGCAGCUAUACACUCGAUAUUUUCAUUUGAAAAAAAAAAUUACAUAUAUAUGUAUGUAUGCGUAUAAUAGGUAUUAUUAUUCAAAUAUCAAAAACUAUAUUAUAAUAACACAUGUAUUACUAAAACAUUAUACUAUGGCUGUAAUAAUAAUAAUAUUACAGAAACUAAAUAAUCACAAUAUCGGAUAACAUUCCUUACAAUAUUAAUAUUUUAUAUUAUUCUAAAUAUUAUAUUGUAUUGAUGUACAACAAAAUGAUUAUAAUUUUUAUGACCAAUUAUUAUUAUUAUUAGUCAAAUUUCUUAUACUCAUAUUGAUAAUAAUAUAUUUUUGUAAAUAAUUUAUGUUUUUACACAUUAUAUUUAUUUAUUUUUUUUUUUUUUUAUCAAAAUAUUAAAAACC